GUGCUCUUAGAAAAGGAUCCAUCUGGAAAAAAAAUGUUGUAGUGUCAUUCUCUGACCAGAUGAUGGAGACAAAGUACCGUCAAAAAAUAAAAAAAAUAAAUAAAAUAUACACACACACACACACACAUCCAUAUAUAUAUAUAUAUAUAUAUAUAUAUAUCCAAAGGUCAGGAUUUUUUCACCAAAGUGUGAAGCCUCUUGGAAUUUCCUCACAGAGUGACAAAAAAAAGUCAGAAAAUUGAGUGAAAAAAAAUAACUACUGUACCUCAUGUGUUAUCCUUGCAGGAGAGUUAUUGUCCUCUUUAAAUGCCUCUUGCUUUACCAGUAAGAUUGUAAAUAUUUCCGAACACAUUUUACGACCUGCACUGAACUUAUUCCUCGGAGGCUGCACUCAGUAAAUGGUAUUAUUUUUGAAAAGGGUGUCAUGUACCUUUAAGAGUGGGCAGACAGCCUGAUUCUGUACCAGAGAUAUGAAAAAUACGAAGAGGUCUCACUUCGCUACUGAUUGCUGAAGUAGAGUGAUAUUUUAAAGAAAGAAAAAAAAAAAUUUUUUCGCCAAAAUUGUACGGUACAUAAAAGUACCAUUAGAUGGGCAUGUUACGACGCUGUGAUUUUUAUCGUAAAGCUAUUUAAACUAAUAAAACGAUUUUAUGAGGUAAUCCUUUAUUCAACCCACAGUGGGGGGAUUUGCGGCAUUACAGCAGCGUGAAGUUUGCAGGCACGUGCAUGCAAGAGAUAAAAUUAAAUAUAUAAAAAAUACGAAAUUAUAAGGUUUGUUGACAAGUUAUGCCCCCUGAUCUUUCUUCGGUUUAUUUAUGAAAUAACUUUGUCAAAAAUGUUCAAAAAUAUGUGAUAUUUUCCAUGCAAUAGUGCUGUGGAAAAGAUACAGAAAAAACAUCAAGUUACACCUCGACAGAAAUACCUAAUAUGCGAAAAACAACGGCGAAAUAAAGUUAACUGACAGAAACAACUGCUCAGUCUAGAGCCAACGCACGCCCGGAGUGAUCCAUCUCGAAAAUGCGGACGAUCUUGGUGCUGUACAAAGACCUCAUAGAAGUGACGCCCGCCCGGUCGCCGCAGCCUGAGCAUAUUCUACCCCGACCGUGGACCGUGUCCUGCCCCGGACGGACAGGGCUGGCGUGUCUGCAAAGGGAGCCGUUCAACUCAGGCUGAUGCAAACAUUGCCGGCCUCCAUUCACCCGCCGUUUAAGGAACUUUAAACGAGAUGUUACAACUUUGUGGCUUGUAGCCGGCUCGUUGGACUACAAAACCAAACCCCCCACACCGGAACACGGAGGGUGACAGCAAGUGACUGGGGCUGAGAUUGACAGGCACUUCAGGCGACAAACUCCCGGGUUUGUGUCCAUCAAUGGAUGGAGAUGAAACCAUGUGAGCGUCCGCAAGCCUUGCAGUGCCUGGCGCAGCUCGGUGAACUCUCACCUCGAUGGACUGGGGGCCUCGUCUUUUUGCGGUUGAGCUUCUGCCAUCAACCUGAGAGGAGCGCCUACAGCAUCAGACAAGAAUCCAGGUUCCCGUGGCUCGGAUAUUGCUGCCACUCUGACGGCCCAGAGAAAGGGACAACUACGGCCGGGAAAUCAGUUUGGACUCGCCAAUUUGGGACUGGAACACGUGACGAGGACGAGCUGCACUUCUUCUAACAAGUGGAUUGUGUUUUUAUAUUUCGUCUGAGGAGGAGCGAUUCCUGUCUGCAGACAACAAUGCAGGAACUCAGGCUAUGUGCAUUCUGCUGGGACUUAUGCUCUGCAGCAUGCCAGAUGGAUUAAUUGUUUCCAUGAAGAUAGACAGACAGAUAGAUUUUCAGUCUGUUUUAACCACGUGAAAAUGUGAAACCCGUUGUCCGGCCGUUUUCAACGAACGCUGACUCAACCCAUUUGAUGCAGACAAUGAACGUAGCCUCGCUGGAUGAGACAAGAGCGACAGCAGAGGUAGCAGCACUGUGAUAAAUAUUGUGCCAAGCCGGGUGAAAUAAUGCCAAACAUUUCCUGUGAAUGCACGCAGGAUGCCGCCCUUGUGUUCCUAAUGGCAGCGUGGACCUCAAAGCAAGCCGCCUGACUGAGUGCGUGGGCUGCUUUCUGACUGGAGCUGUAGCUAUUUGAGGACUCGGAGGACACGUAGCCCCGGGGCAGGUAGCGGCCGGGUGGUGACGAUGGGGGAGACGGCAGAGUACCAGAGACUGCAGGAGACGUCAGAGUGUGACUACCAACGCCUGCCCAGCGAUGACGAAGAGAAACUGGGUAGUAGCAUGCAGUGCGAGGAGGGAACUGAAUGGUUGCUGGAGCUGCUGAUGGAGGUGCAGUUGCAGCAGUACUUCCUGCGGAUCCGAGAUGACCUCAACGUCACCCGGCUGUCACAUUUUGACUAUGUGAAGAAUGAAGACCUGGAGAAAAUUGGCAUGGGUCGACCCGGCCAGAGACGGCUAUGGGAGGCUGUGAAAAGGAGGAAAGCCAUGUGCAAGCGCAAGUCCUGGAUGAGCAAGGUGUUCAGUGGAAAGCGUCCAGACGGAGGAGACUUCCCCCAGCAGGGCCAGCCAGCCUCCUCGUUUCGGAAGAGGUCUACCACGCCUCCGCUGGGCUUGGGGGACGGAGUCUUGUCCACGCAGUCCGGUGUCGGGGCUCCUCUUGAUGGGCAGCAGCAGGCUCUGACCUGCCUCAUCCCGGAGAAGGACUUGACGCUGUUUGAGAAGCUCGGGGACGGCUCCUUCGGUGUCGUGAAGAGAGGAGAGUGGCUGACACCUGCUGGAAAGGUGUUGAACGUAGCUGUGAAGUGUCUGAAGACGGAUGUGCUCAGCCAGCCGGACGCUCUGGAGGAUUUCAUCUGCGAGGUCAACGCCAUGCACUCCCUGGACCACCAGAACCUCAUUCGCCUCUACGGUGUGGUGCUCACACACCCAAUGAAGAUGGUGACUGAAUUGGCUCCUCUGGGUUCUCUCCUGGAGCGGUUGCGCUGCGUUCGCCCACAGGGUCCGGUGUUGAUCCACACUUUGUGCCAGUAUGCCGUGCAGGUGGCUUGCGGCAUGGCCUAUCUGGAACAAAGGAGGUUCAUCCACAGAGACCUGGCAGCCAGGAACAUCCUGCUGGCCUCAGCUCACAGAGUGAAGAUCGGUGACUUUGGCCUGAUGAGGGCGCUGCCAAACAACCACGAGCACUAUGUCAUGCAGGAGCAUCGCAAGGUCCCCUUUGCAUGGUGCGCCCCAGAAAGUUUGAAGACGAGAACCUUCUCCCAUGCUACGGACACGUGGAUGUUUGGAGUCACUCUCUGGGAGAUGUUCACACAUGGCCAGGAGCCUUGGCUUGGCCUUAAUGGCAGCCAGAUUCUGCAUAAGAUUGAUAAAGAAGGCGAGCGCCUCCCUAAGCCAGAGGACUGUCCGCAGGAUAUCUAUAAUGUCAUGCUGCAGUGCUGGGCUCAGAAACCAGACGACAGACCAACAUUCGUCGCCCUGCGUGAAUUCCUGCUUGAGACCAUGCCCACAGACAUGUGUGCUCUACAGGACUUUGAAGAGCAGGACAAACUCCUGAUCCAGAUCAACGAUGUUAUUACCAUCAUAGAGGGGAGGGCAGAGAAUUACUGGUGGCGAGGUCAAAACAAGCGUACCCUUAAGGUCGGCCAGUUCCCCAGGAACGUGGUGACGUCGGUGGCGGGGUUGUCUGCACACGACAUCAGUCGGCCGCUCAAGAACAGCUUCAUCCACACAGGACACGGGGACAGCAACCCCCAACGCUGCUGGGGCUAUGCUGACAGGAUUGAUGAUUUGUACCUCGGGAAUCCCAUGGAUCCUCCUGAUGUUCUGGGUUUAGACCUCAGUGCUGCUCGGCCCACACAGCUACCAGGACGAUCUAAAAAGGAGCCUCCUCCCCGCCCUCCUCAGCCAGCAGUAAUAAUCAAGAAACCUUGCUAUGAUCCUGUAAACGAAGAUGAAGAUCUGACCUCGGCAGGACUGAAGAGAUUAUCACUUCGGAAAACAGGUUCUCUCAAAGGCCUCAAGCUUAAACCAGCUGCGUGGGUCUCUGCUUCCAAACAAGGGAGCAACAAGACGCUAGGCUCAGCCCAAAACCCCAACAGUGAAGUGUCCCUCAUUGACUUUGGGGAGGAGUUCUCCCCAUCCACACCCUCUCCCUCCCCUGUGGUUGAAAUUCGGAUUCCCUCAUUGGCCAAGCUGGCUUUGGACGCAGAGAACAUCCUGGACAGGACUCCACCUCAAAGCCCGUCUAGAUCGUUGCCCCGGCCCCUUCACCCCACACCAGUAGUGGACUGGGAUGCACGUCCAUUACCCCCACCUCCAGCCUAUGACGAUGUAGCACAAGAUGAAGAUGAUAUGGAGGUGAGCUCCAUCAACAGCUCGGAGCAGCAGCACGAGGAGGAGUACAGCGAUGUCCACAAUCCAGAUGAAAUCCCCUCCUAUGCACGGAACGUGGACGGCGAGGCUCUUGACCACAGGGGGCAAGACGGACCAGGUCUGGAGGACAACCUCUUCCUCCCCAGCAAGCACAGCCAAUGCCUGUCCACCUCUUUCUCCCAGUCUGCAGAGAUCUUUCAAGAACUUCAGCAAGAAUGCAUGAGGAAGCUCAACGUACCAAUAGGAAGUGCUCAUCGGUCAUGCUCCCCAUACAAGAGCUCAGUGUCAUGUCCCCAGACCCAGGAGGGACAGCAAAGCGUCCUAUCUUCCACUGAGGAUAAACCCCAGAUCCCCCCACGUGUUCCCAUCCCCCCUCGCCCUAUAAAGAGGGGUGACUACACGUCUGCUCGCUGGUCCAGGGACCUCUCCCUUUCUCCAAUGCCAGCUGACAUCACUGAGGACAUUUCAGGCACAGGCAAAGACCGACCACCUCAGAUCCCUCCCAGAGACCCUUUGUCUCAGCCGGGCUCAAGAACUCCAAGCCCCAUGUGUCUGGUCGUGGGCUCGCCCCAGCAGAGGUUGUAUUCUGCCAGCCCCACCGCCAUGCAAGCUACCCUUUCAUCUAGCUCCUCAACACACACCUACAGCUCCUACCUCUCCACCUCUCCGGGUAAACUCAUGCCCACUACACACAGCUUUGCCUCAGAUCCUAAAUAUGCUGCACCCAAAGUGAUCCAAGCCCAGGCGCAGGGGAAGGACUCUUCCAGCAAGGGCCCCUGUAUCCUGCCCAUCGUCCGCGACGGCCGAAAAGUCAGCAACACGCACUAUUACCUUCUGCCAGAGAGGCCACCGUACCUGGAUCGGUUCGACCGCUUCUUCAGGGAGGCAGAGAGCGUUCCUGGCAGCGAAGCCGAGGAGAGGCAUGUGCGGCACACUAACACUGCCACCGUGAGACCCAUGGUGGUCAGCAGUCAGACAGUGCAGGGACACGCCCAGGGGCAGGGGCUCGUCCCGCUGGGCGAACUCAAGGCUAACUUCUCCACCAAUAAUAACAGCAAUCUGAGCGGACCGCGGCCAGGGAUGAAGACAUCAGUUAGUCUUCCUCGUGUCAGUUCAGAUGGUCUGACGGCGCCUGCUUCCUGCACCAGGACUGACGGAGGAGGGAACUCAGCUGACAGGGUCAAAAUGGUGCAGGAGGCGGUGCAUGGUGUGACAAUAGAGGAGUGCCACGCCGCCCUUCAGAACCAUAACUGGAAUGUCCAGAAAGCUGUGCAUUACCUAAAGGUGGAGCAGUUGUUCUGUUUGGGUCUGAGGAGCAGGUCAGAGUGUCUCAAGCUGCUGGAGAUGUGUGACUGGAACCUGGAAGUGGCCAGCACUCAGAUGUUAGAUAACUAUGGAUCCACAACCAGACAGAGGCGGUGACAGGAAUCCCAAGCUGCUGAGCUCUGACUGGGAGCUCAUCCUCAGCAGAACAUCAUCAGAGAAGGGCUACGUUCUCCUGACCCUCUCCGUUCGAUGGCACAACUCCAAUCAGAAGACUUGUCAUCUGAGGACGGAAGAAUCAAGCUCAGAAUACUCCACUUCGUGAUGGUGCCAGUCAUAGUUACCACUGAGUGAAAAAAAAAAAGACUUAAGGCCACGGUUUGAUUGUGGCCUGAAAGUUCUGUGACAGUUGCACUUAGGAAGAAACUGUAUAUUUUCAUCCACCGUCCUCUCAAAAAUGACUGUGUCACAGUCACAGAUUCCGGGUGCUACCGUACUCAGAUGUGAGGCCCUCUUACUGCCACAGACACACUGUUGACCAUGUGCAGUGAGAUACUUAGGACUGCAUUAGAAAUACAGCUUGAAAUGACUAUGAAGAGGCAAAAUAUGACAACAUGCACAGUAAUACUCAGUGAAGAAGUUGGCAGAGCGUUACUGAAAUAAUAUCGUGCAGUUCAGCACAGAAGCUAAAUACUGUACAAUUUGUGUGUGUGCGCUCGUGUGUGUGUGCGUGCGUGUGUGUGUGUGUGUGUACGUGUACAGUUCAUUACAGUUCAACCUCCUGCAUUAGCGGCUGGAACCUCACGUGCCAGCAAUUAUUCUGACAAUGUUUUAAAAUCACACAGUACCUCUGACACACCCGAGCACAGUAAAAUAUGUCAAAGCAAUAUAGCACAGGAAGUCAUUUGGCCUGAUAACUGUUAUUACGAGGAGUGGAGAUAAAAAAUGAUGAAGAAUGUCUGCUGCUGAAAGCCUGUGGUGGAAAGAGAAAAUGUGCGUGGGAAAGAUACUCCUCCCAAAGAAACAUUAAGGUUUCUCUUUUAUAAAAGAAAAAAAACGGAUCUCCUCAAUACGUUUACAGCUACAGGAGGGAGGUCGUGAGGCAGCGCUUUGCUGUCUGUGCAAAGACUAAAAGGUCAAACCAGUGCAGUAUUGACCUGAAUCAAGACUUCAAUAUAAACACAGGACUUGUUUGCUUUGAAAGACAUACAAAACUGUUUAAUUUAUGUUUAAUGAGGCAGAGAGGCUUGUUUGUAUUUGUGGCAAGUGUAUUAAAUUCUAGUAUAUUAAUUUAAUAUAUUUCCAGCAUAAUCCUCAGAGACAAGAGAAGACUGUUAUGUCCAUUACUGGCCGCAGCAUAUGUUUUAUUUUCAUACUAAUCCAUGACCAUCACCACAAGUGGCUAAGAAAAACAAAAAGACCACAGAUUGAGUAAAGCUUCGUACACCUUGGAUACAGUCUUUUCUUACUCCUUCUUUCUAAGCACGUUGCAGACACAGAGCUCCUGUGCAUCACCUGAAAACUCUGCCGUCGUAUUGUCGUCCGUGUUCGCCCAGACUCUGUUGGCAGCUAAUAACAGCAGAAUAGUGAAAUCUACCCAGAGGCUCACACAUCCUGUAACAUAAUCAUCACUUAAAGCCACGUCUCGUGAUAUUUUCGUCAGCAGCUUGAGGGGCAAUAAUUUAAGACUGAGAGGACGUGUCGGCUCCGGGUGAAGUCGGUGCUGGACGUGACAGUGCUCUCCGUGAAUGUCACUUAGAGCCAAUGCAGAGAACGUUUGGGCCCGUCGAGGUUUCUGUACAUCCACUGCGUGAGGUGGAAAACUGAACGUAGAAGAAAUAAAAGGAAUGCAUUGACGCCUGAAAUCCACUUUAAUGUUGUCAAACAAAUGUUGUAAAAAUAUUCAUUUUGUCUCUGUAGAAAAAAAGAACCUUUUUUUUUUUUUUUUACCAACUGGUCCCCAUCUUUUUAGUAGUUUUUAGUAAGUACAACAUAAGUGUAAGCCCUGACAUCCAACAAUUCAACACUUCCAUGCGUCCACAACCCAACUCCAUUAUGUCACAUCUAAGCAGAACUUCAGAUGGCCUCUUAAAAGCUCAUAUAGAGCUGCAACAAACUGAGCACAUGAAGAGGCUAGUGUAUUUGUGUGUGUGUGUGUGUGUGCGUGUGUGCGUGUGUGUGUGUGUGCGUGUGUGUGUUUGUGUGUGUGUGUGUGUACACAUAUUUGUAAAGGCUGUACAGCACCGAUUCUGGAAGACAAGUUCCAGUAAAAGCUCUCUACCAUGUGCAAUAGGGCUGCUGUUAAGUCUGUAAUCUCCUAGCCUCUCCAUCCAUCAGUGCCAUCAGGCCAUGAAAAUGUUUGGUGUCUCAGUUUUGCUCCGCAGAAGAUGAAGUUGUCCUUAAGCCCUGGCGCAGGAGCAGUUCUAUUAUUUCUCCUUCAGUGUGAUGGGGUGAAGCUGACUGCAUGAGGACAACUAGAUGUGAGGGCGGCCUCCACGGUGUGUUCAUGUGUUGUUCGUCUUCAAACCAAGCUGCUGUAGUUGUAUUAGGACUGAAGUGAACCUUGUGGUGAUCAACCCAAAGCAAAGUUCUCCUUUUGUGGUGUUGAAACAACGAUGUUAGAAACCUGCUCAGUUCCCCGUGGAUUGUCUUUGCCCGGUCUGUUUCUGUUCUCCUAAAGUCCUUUAUACUGAUUGUGCGGUUUAUCCUUUCAACUUGUUCUUACUCAUUUCUAUGUGUUUAUAUGUGCUUCCCAGAAUGUGUGCGUAUAAAUGCCUACUGUACAGUUGGUUUUCAUUGUUUCUCUCCUCCUGGGUUGAUGGAAAUGAAGUUCAUGCUGCAGAAUUUAUAAAUGUAUUUUUUAUUAAAGAAUUAAUUAUUUUUUAA